AUGACCGCACCGGAAAGAGGAUCACCGCCCCCUUGCCCCAUAGAAAAGGAAGCGAUUGAGCAGGAACCAAACCCCCACAUAGAAGAGGAACCCGAGCGACCAGGACCGCUCGGAGCCGGGAAAAAACGGAAGAAACACCGGCCUGGCAAGGGACGCGUGGGGCGCGGCGACCGCACGGAGGACCGCGAUGGACCAGGAACGCGGCGCCCGACGGUCCCGCGUGGAAAUACUCCCGCUCGCAAGACUGCCCCGGUCGGAACAGGUGUUUCGCUGCCGGUACCCUUUGGAGCGCGGACCUCUACGCUGUCAUCCACCCUAGUUGCCCGUGGUAUCACAAAGAACCAUGUGCUCGAGGCGCCUCUACAAAAUGCAACUCCUGCUCCAACUUUAGCUCCAAUUUCAACUCCUACUCACUCCAACUUCAACAACUCUAAUCCCAGUAACUCCAGGACCCCAGCUUCAUCACCUCACUCUAACUUCAACAACUCUAGUAACACCAAGACACCAACUCCAUCACCUUACUCCAACCCCGUAACUCCAACACCAACUCCACCACCUCACUCCACCUCCAGUAACUUCAACAACUCCAACUCCAACCAACUCCACCACCUCACUCCAACCCCGGUAACUCCACCAACUCCACCUCACUCCACCUCCAGUAACUCCACCAACACCAACUCCACCACCUCACUCCAACCCCGGUAA